CAUGAACUUCAUUUCUAGAGACAUCACAUAUCCACCAUUUGAGUCUCCAACAAUUAUUCCAAUAAUAACAUAUCCGAUUUGACCUAUGGAUGAAUACACAAACAUACAUUUCAUGCUUGUUUGGGUAAUAGCAAUGAGAUUCCCCAAUAUCAUGCUAAGAAUAGCUAGGAUUUCCAAAAGAAGAUGCCAUUCGUUUGAUGAGAAAUAAAAAGGAAUAUCGAAAAUUCGAGUGGCUGAAGCUGAAGCAGCUACUUUUGGAGUAACAGAAAGAAAAGCAACGACUGGAGUGGGAGAGUCAGAGUCGAAAAGAGGAUUCCUCACUUCUUUCUCUCAUUCAAAACCGUGCAUGAGACUUUCAUCUCGCACGGCUCCUAAGUGAUAAAAGAAAGAACUCAUCUUCUUUCUUUUUUGAUUACCUUCCUCGCGUAUGUAUAAGACCAAAUCCAUUCGAUUUAGAAUUUUCAAAAUGAUUACUAUACUAAUCCUUAACUUUUCGAGGAAUCCUUCAUCAGUGGUUGCCAAACACAGAAUACACUAAUCAAGAUUAUUUUUGUAUCCAUUUGAUGCGAUGGAGUUGUCAAGUUGAGAGCAAUGGAUGUGCAUUGUCAUUUUAGCAAUUGGCAGUUAGAUUAUAGUUCUGUUCAGUCCCUUGUUUCCUUUAACAGAGAUCUUCUGUCAGUCGCAUGAUCUAGAUUAUACUGAAAGGCGAUGGUGGUCCAUAUCAGCAGAUUUUCCUUUUUAGUUCUGUCCAUGUUGUUGGCAGAUGCAUGAUUUAGCAUCAAUUAGGAAAUUUAAAGACAUAAAUUCGAGAUAUUGUUCCUCACAAGCUAGCCUUCACAGCAUCUUUUUUGUUUCUGCUGAAUGAAAUUGUGUAUUCUGGGCAUGGGAAUGCUGUUUUCUGCUCGUCUUUAGAAGGCAUUUCAUUGCACAAGUUCGUGAUACUCGGCCCCGCUCAAGCUAUAAAGUCCCCUAACCGCAUGAUUGUAUGGUUUAAACAUCAAAUUAAUAUAGAAGAUAAACAUUAUUGAAGGAGCAUCAAACAUUAUUGUGGUUUUUGUCUUUAUAAAUGGCUGAUACCUUGAAUGAGCAACAGUUUAUCAACAUGGCUGAUACCUUGAAUGAGCAACAGUUUAUGAACAGUUGAACCAGACCAAGAGUGGUCAAGAGACAUGGCUAGUUCCGGAAAAGAUGAGGAACCAAUGCUGUCAGACACUCAUCUAAAGCAAUCAAAUGAACCUGUUAAUUCUAAAUUCCGAAAUCCUGCACCUAGGACACGUAGCAUAUCAAUUUCUAUUCCCAUGUUCUCGAUGGAACCACGCGAAAGAGUAAGUGAUAUUAGGGGACACACAGGUCCCCUACGGAGUCAGAGAAAAAUCCCACUUGAUCAGAUGAGUGGUCCAUUGUAUGUUUCCAAUAAAUCUGGAGCUCUCUUUCGGGCAGGGAAGCAACCAGCAGAAACUAAGACAGAAAACUUUCCUUCGUUCCGUGGUGGCAUGGCUGAAAGUGAUUUGCAAAACAACUAUAAUGGUAAAAAUGAACAUUUAGCAAGGUCUGGUCAACUGGGAAUGUGCAAUGAUCCAUAUUGCACGACUUGCCCGACUUACUUCAAGGCUACUCAACAAAGGAAUUCAAAAGCUUCGGCUAUAUUCAGUCCGAAGUUUCACAAUUCCCUUUACGGGGAUGCCAAGUGUUGGGCAAGAAGACUUUCUGCUUUCUUGAUUCCUUAUGUACCUCGGGUUAUGAAUCCUCAUACAAAACUUGUUCAACAAUGGAAUCAGUUUUUUGCAAUUUGUUGCUUGUUGGCAAUUUUUGUGGAUCCAUUAUUUUUCUUUUUGCUCUCUGUGCAGAAGGAACAUAAAUGUAUUGUUAUGAACACACCAAUGACAACUUUGCUUGUUUUUCUUAGAAGCAUGAACGAUUUUGUAUACCUCAUAAACAUUAUUCUUCAGUUUAGGUUGGCUUAUGUGGCUCCUGAGUCUAGGGUGGUUGGUGCUGGGGAGUUAGUUGACCAUCCUAAGAAAAUUGCUCUUCAUUACCUUCAAACAUAUUUUUUUCUUGACUUACUAGUUGUAAUUCCACUUCCUCAGAUAAUCAUAUUGUUUGUAAUACCACAAAACUUGGGAUCAUCAGGAGCAAACUAUGCAAAGAAUCUUUUGCGAGCUGUUAUCCUUGUUCAGUAUAUUCCCAGAUUGUGUAGGUUUCUACCAAUGCUGAUUUCUCCAACCGGAUUCGUAUUUGAGUCAGCAUGGGCAAAUUUCUUUAUAAAUCUUCUUACCUUUAUGCUCUCUGGUCAUGUUGUUGGGUCAUGGUGGUACCUCUUUGCUUUGCAGAGGGUUAAUCAAUGUUUACGAGAUGCAUGCAAGAAAUCUGAUAUUCUUGAAUGCAACAGAUUCAUUGACUGUGGUCAUGAACAUGCUGAAAAAUAUCGAAAUAAAAUGAAUUGGAAGUAUUGGAUGAAUGACACUAAUUCAUCAGCUUGUUUUACUGAAGAUGGUUUUCCUUACGGGAUUUAUCUUAAAGGUGUCAACCUUACUGCAGAACAUAAUGUGAUCACUAGAUAUGUAUAUUCAUCGUUUUGGGGAUUCCAGCAAAUUAGUACUCUGGCUGGCAAUUUGACCCCAAGCUACUUUGUUUGGGAAGUCCUUUUCACCAUGGCCAUCAUAGGAUUGGGACUCUUGCUUUUUGCUCUUCUCAUUGGAAACAUACAAAACUUUCUUCAGGCUCUCGGACGCAGGAGGCUAGAAAUGUCACUUAGGCGACGUGAUGUGGAGCAGUGGAUGAGUCAUCGACGCUUAGCAGAAGACUUGAAAAGGAGAGUGCGACAAGCUGAACGUUACAACUGGGCUGCAACAAGAGGAGUGAAUGAAGAAGUGCUUCUGGAAAAUUUGCCUGAAGACCUUCAGCGGGACAUUAGACGUCAUCUCUUUAAAUUUGUUAAGAAAGUUAGAAUUUUUGCCUUGAUGGACGAGCCUAUCUUGGAUGCCAUCUGCGAAAGACUAAGACAAAAAACGUACAUCAAAGGAAGCAUAGUUUUGUACAAUGGUGGUUUGGUAGAGAAGAUAGUUUUUAUCGUGCGUGGGAAAUUGGGGAGCAUAGGCGAAGAUGGAAAUGUAUCUUUAUCUGAAGGCGAUGCUUGCGGCGAAGAACUUUUGACUUGGUGUCUUGAGCAUACUUCAGCAAACAGAGAUGGCAAAAAAGUAAAAAUCCCAAGACACAGGUUAGUUAGCAAUAGAACAGUUACUUGCUUAACAAAUGUGGAGGCUUUUUCUCUCAGUGCGGCAGACCUUGAAGAAGUUACAAGCCUUUAUGCACGAUUCCUGAGGAGUCCGCGUGUUCAUGGAGCCAUUAGGUAUGAAUCACCGUAUUGGAGAUGCUUUGCAGCAACGCGCAUUCAGGUUGCAUGGAGGUACAGGAAGAAACGUCUUAGUAGAGCUGACACUUCACAAUCACAUGAAACAUUAUAUACAUAACUUUUAACAAAAAUGCUUCAUUAUUCUUAAAAAUAAGUAACUAAACUAAUCAUUAUGUAUUUGUAUAUAUUUAUAUAUAUUAAUUCAUAUAUUUUUUCAGCUAAA